AUGGCACAAGAUGAUGACGUAAACCCUAAUUCCUCCUCAUCUACUCAAAUAGAGCCUAGCUCUGAAAGUGAAGGAAAUCCAAAUGAAACAAUCUUUGAGAUGAUGAUGGAUUUCAAGGUAAUCAAAAACACCUACUCCAAACUGAAAGAAGAGAACUCUCGGCUAUUGAUAAGCUAUGAUGAGCUUAGACGCGUUAGAAUAAAAAACAUUGAGCUAGCCAUCACAAAUGAUCAGCUUGAGAAGCAAGUUCGCCUUCUUAAGGAGCUGUGUACAGAAAGAGAGCUAAGGGAGCAACAUCUGUGUGAGGUUCUUGACUCAUUUAAUAAUUCAUCCAUUCUAAUGGAUCAAUUAGUAAAUGGAUCAAAACUGGCAGAGGAAAUAACUGAAAUUGGUUUCGACCCUAGCUCCUCAGCACAAACCUUGUUAAACAAACUUGUAAACUCAUUCUCACAAGAAGGGUUUAGAUCUAUGUUUGUACAAGGUGCUACUCAGCAGCCUGAGCCUAUGACCAAGAUUGACACUGGAAAACAACCACAACCAACGAGCCAACCGAAAGGAAAGGCUGUACAACAAGUUUUGGAACCUCAAAAUGGAAGAUUCUUGAAAGGCAAUCCUAGACAUAAUGCAAAUGUCAAAAGGAAUGGACCGAAAGUUAAUAGACCUAGUCUAUACUAUCAAAAGGGUCAGCCUACAAGAACUAACAAAAGGAAGGAAAAACAUGUCAUUUGGUAUGUGGAUAGUGGAUGCUCAAGACAUAUGAUCGGAGAUAAGUCAAAUUUGAGCAACUAUAGAGAAGUUGAUGGGCCAAAAGUUGUCUUUGGAGGAGAAUCUAGUGGAAAGACACCAGGAACUGGAGACAUAAUCAAACAUGGAAUAGUCAUUCGAGAUGUCUCACAUGGAUACAAAGUCGAGUUCUCCAAAGACGAGUGUAAAGUGAUCAGCACUAAAGAUGGUGACACCGUUCUCACAGCAAGACGAAAGAAAAACAUGUACGUUGUAAAUUGGGAAUUAUCUAAAAUUAAUGUUUGUCUUGUUGCUAAGAAUAAUGCAGAUUUAAGCUGGGAAUGGCACAACAAGAUGAUUCAUCUUAACCUGAAAACCAUCAACAAAUUGGCCAAGAAAGAUCUUGUAGAAGGCUUGCCGAAAGUACCUUACGUCAAGGAUAGAAUUUGUGAGGCAUGUCAGAAAGGCAAACAAAUUAAAGCCUGA